AUGCGACUCCAAUUGCUUCAGGUCGCCCUGUUAUUUACGGCCGCCUAUGGCCAGAUCAGUUCUCAGUUCACAACAUAUGAUCUGAGUUUCGACGCUGCAGCUCCCGUGAGUCUGCUUUGCGGCUUAGAAUGCGAGCCGACUUCAACUUAUAAUUUUUAUCUCUGUGCCGGUGACGAGACAACAGGUUCAUAUGACACUCUAUCGCAAGUCAUCAGCAAUGGUUCCUAUGCUCCUGGUGACAUGGUGUCAUUUGAAGUCGACCAAAAUAUCGGUGGAAAUGAACCCAAUGCAUACUUCCUCAAGAUAGUUCUAACAGGCCCUCAUGAUUAUUGGUCCGCGUUCACCUCCCAUUUCACCUUGACCAACAUGAAAGGUACUUUCUCGACCAAAGUAACAGAUGCGAUCAAAACAAUGCAGCCGAUUCCUGCCAUCGCUAUUCCCUGGCCUACGGUCGAAGACAAUGAUCACCUCAUCGAGGCCGCAGAACUCGCUUCAACUUUAAACAUCUCGAGUCUCACUAAGAGUUCCUCAACCGGAACGGCCUUGCAGUUCCCAACCCCAACCGUCAAAGGCGAAGCCGAGCACAAUGAACUGCGCAAACGACAGGUGGCUGCUUUCGGCGGCGUUGGCGUUUAUGCCGUUCCUGCUGUUACUGCAGUUGACCAGCAUACUGUCCCAUAUGGUGAGCAGACUGGCUCAAUCAAAUACGCCCCAAUGCCCAAGAGCGCCGGGACUACUGUCGCAACAAGAUCGGCCACUCCUCAAUAUCCGCCUUUCCCGUUCUCCAUUGCGACUAGCUACCUAGGUGCGCCAACCGUCCAGUACACGGACACAGCUUUCGCGACAUGGACGGCAAACACCAUCGAGAACACGGCUGCGCCCGCUCCUGCGCCCACAUUAGACAAAAGAAUGCAGAAAUGGUUGGACCGUUGGAAUGAUUGA